AUGGCGAUCAACUUGUUUCCGAAAAUUGUUCUAUUUGGGGAUUCAAUUACUCAAGUAAGUUAGUUUAUCGGUUUUAAAACACAAAACAGAUUGAAAAAAAUUGACUUUCUUUAUAUGCCGUGUUAAUUUUCACACCAGGUAGAGAGCCUGGAAUAAUCCUUAAUCAAAUGUCUUCAGGUGCUUUAGUUUUAAUAGACACCGUAGGUUGUAUUUAAUGGCAGUGAACUAUUAUAUUUCCUACAGGAAUCUUUUUCCGAGGGCGGGUGGGGUGCGAGAAUCGCAGAUUAUUUUCAAAGGUGAGAGAGUUGAAGUUUUGUCUGAACUCUUCUGUUUUUGCUUUUUGUUCGCCGAUUUCCCAGUCAAUCUGUUUCCUUAUGUAUAUUUAAUAUUGCCACGAAUUAGGGUAGCCCACCUCCCAAGCAGGCGUUCUUUUGGCCGUAAGAACGUCUGCUUGGGAGGCUAGGAACAGGCUAGAAUUAGGGCCAUUCCAGUAAUAUCCACAACCCCCACCCCCUAUGCAUGAGAUUUAUCUGAGCAGGGCUUUAUAAAAGUUAUUUUGGGGGGAUACUGGCAUGGGGCAGGAGGGGGAGGGGAAAUUGGCUGUUUUGGUAUCUUUGAUCUUUGGAAUAUUUCUGAGAGGUAUGAGAAAAAUUGGGCUGUUUCUGAGAGGGGGCGGGUAGUGUGUCAGUACCUUUGAUCUUUUUUUUCAUUACAAGUAGGGGUAUAGUCAACUUACCUCAUCAAUGAAGGGGGUGGGUAGGGGGGGUAUCAAUGGAAUAGCCCUUUAGCUCCGGGGGGAAUCCCAGUUGAAUGUGCAGGGAUGCUUGUCGUCUUGCUUAGGCUGUAAGUUAGAGGAGGCACCCUAGGUUUUCAGGAUAGGAAGCUAAUAUUUUUACCCAUACCAUUGUCGCUUAAGAUAAUUUCCUUGAAAAUGAUCUAUGAUCCAGAUGUUUUUUCAAACUUGGCACAAAUGACAGCCAUAUAUAGGACAUUGAGAAACUGCAAUAAAAAGAUGGGGUCACUGUGCUUGUUUUUGCCCUGUGUGCCGGUAAUUCUGUAAGUUUUUUUUUUCCUAGUUAUGCUCAAAAUGUUCAAACUUGAACAACCAUGAAAAAUUCAUUAUCAUGUGGCAAAAAGUAGUUCCAAGACCAACUCCGUUUUACCCGGGAAGAGUUAUUAUAAUCACUGUUAAAACUAUAUGGACUACAAAUGGGACCUUUUUCUACCUCUCUUGAAGUGAUUGGUGAAAAUCAAAACGUCCUAAUUAUUGUUGCAAAGAUUAUGCUAUGUUUCUUUAGGGGUAUACUUCUUAUUAUUGGAUAAGCAUCUCUGUCAACUUUACACUCAAGUCAUGAGUCCCUCCACCCCCUGGAUAAAAUUAAAACUGUAUAAAUGAAAAGAAAUGUGUUAACAGAAUAUUAAGUAAAAAUCAACUUUGAUUUUAUCUUACAAAAACCUUGUGGGAUCAAAUGGCUACUUUUUAACCCUUAUUAACUCUUGAUUCAAAUUAUCAUAUGAUCCAAAUGGCCCAUGCACGAUUCUGAAAACCCCUAUAAUUAAAAGUCCUGUAUGACGGCCAUACGCGUCAAGUGGUAGGGCUGGAAAAAAUGGAUAUGGUCCUGCUAGAAAUGUGUACUGAUCGAUGCAGGUUUGCUCCAUCAAAAAAAUUCAGAAGCAAAUGAUCAUAUGAUAAAAUGCUUAUUGACGGGGUUAGGUCAGGCUGGACAUGAAAAUAUUUGGCUCUCAGUCAAGACACAUGGACCUCACUACGCUCAGUCCUUACAUACUGACAUCAAGCCAAAUAUUUUUCUGUCCUGCCCUCCCACUCAGUCAGGACAAUAAUUUAUUACAUAUUACUGUAUUUGAAAGUAGAUUUUUUUUCCUCACUGUCAAAGAAAAUAUUUUCCCUACCAGGAAAUGUGAUGUUCUCAAUCGAGGAUUUAGUGGAUAUACCGCGGCCUUCAACAAGCUGAUUCUUCCCAGAAUCCUUCAAUGUGAUCACAGUCCUAAAGGAAGUGUGGCGGCAGUUGUUUUGUUACUAGGUUCUAAUGACUCUGUUGUGGCCGAUUUAGAUCAGCGUAGUCUGACUGUGGAACAGUAUAUCACAAACAUGACUGACAUUAUAUUGCAGUUUACGAAUGAUGGGAUAUCUGCCAGUAAAAUUGUUUUACUAACACCACCAGCCAUAUCAAUAGAUAUGUACUCAGAGUUCUGUAAAGAACAAGGUAAUUUGAAUUGCUAACUCUAUACGAGUAUGGAAACAUUCUCCUGUUAUAAUUUUAUAACCUUUAUUUUAGGAGGGUGACACCAAUUAUGUACUGUGAAAAGUAUUCUUCCUUUUUCUUUCCCGAGAAAAAAUUUAUAUCUUGACAUUGAUACCAGUAAACACGGUUUUACCACUACCUUGUUAAUCUAAAGCCUAAACUCCAAAGUGACUUUUUCCCAUAAAAAUAACAGGGUUGCUCAUUACACCUUAAAGUUGGGAUUGAAAUUUACAAAAAGGCUGCUGUUAUACUAAGUGUUGUUUAAGUGUCUUCUAGUGUAUUGAUCUGAAAAAUGUCAGGAAACCAUUUUGCUCUGGUUAAUUUGCUGUUUUAGAACUAGUACUUCCUAGGGUUGAGAGCGAGUUAUUGGGUCUGGAUCCAGUUGUUUAAAAGUUAAACUGGAUAAAUCUCUGACUAUCCAGUUGAUAGUGCAAUCAGUUUUCCUAACACUCACCUGCUGGAUAGUGAGUUAUUAGCCCACGGAUAUUGUUUUUCCAACCUUUCAAACAAGUUGGGGCUUGUGAUCUAGCUAGCCUGCAAGCAAGCUGAGAAUCCUUUCAAGUGGCAAGUGAAGCAUGCAAGAGAACAUUGGAGCAGGCAUUGAAGUGCUCUUGCAUUAAUCCUUUUUUUUUUGCCGCUUGCAAAUCAAACUUUUUAUGAUUUCCGUUAAAUGGGGAGUUUGCUUGCAGGCUUAUUCUUGACAGGUCUUCCUUUAGGUCUUUGUAUUUUAUGGUUUACCAGGAUGAAAGGUACCCUUAAAGACUUUGUCUUACCUUUCAAUUAACCUUUCAAAUAACCCAUUUUUCAAGACAGUGUCAAAAUAUUUAUCCUAAAAAAAUGUUUAAUUUUUUUUUUCUCCAGGAAGGGAAAUGAGCUUGACAAAUGAGAGAGUAAAACUUUUUGCUGAAAAAUGUGCUGAAUUGGGAAAAAAACUUGGAGUGGAUGUUGUUGAUCUGUACACUUUAUUUCAUGCACAACCAGUAAGACAUCCUGCUGUCUAUAUAAAUUGUUAGUUAUUGAAUUGAUUUUGUUGUCAUAAUAAUUGGGGGGGGGGGGGCGAGGGUUUCACUGGCCUGCAUUUAAAUCCUAUAGAAAGGAAGACAGAAAGAAACAAAGGAAGGAAGCGAUAUUGAGAUAAGAGAAAAAGGGGAAAACCUGGAAAGAAGAGAGGGGUAACAGGAGAAACAGAGAUGGGAACCAGGAGAGAAGUGGUGGGCAGUCCGGACAGAAGGGGAGGGAACUAGAAACGAAGUGGCGAGGAAUCAGGACAGGAGCGGUGGGAACUAGAAGAGAAAUGGUGGGGAAUCAAGGCAGAAGGGUGAAACAAGGAGACAAGAGAUUGGUAUAGAGACAGAAGGGGUGAAAACUAGGAGAGAAGUGGUGGGAACCAGGGGCCUGAUUCUCGAAAGUCCCGGUAGCUUUUCGGGCCCGGAAAGCUGUAAGUUUUCUGUUUGCCAUAUUUGUAUUCGAGAUCAAAGUUUCAAAUUUUGACAAUGAUGCAAUGAAACUAUCAGUUAACGAAGCAAAAUUGACUGGAUUGUGAGCUUGGAACUCUGCUACAAUUCAGCAAGUUUUAAUUUUAAAAUUUGCCUUCGGCCCGAAAAGUUUCCCAGCCUUUUGAGAAACGGGACCCAGAAGUGAAGUGGUGGAAAAUCAGGGCGGAAGGGGCGGGAACUAGGAAAUAUGGAGUGGGACGUUGUAUUGUUAACUAACAAUCAUUUUCACCGUUUUGUUUCUUUAAGAACUGGACUUCAUUUCUGAGUGAUGGUCUCCAUCUAUCAAAAGAAGGGAACCACUUUGUGGCAAAGCAAGUGAUUCCCAUUCUGGAGGCCAAGCUAGCAAAAUUACCUCAGGUAUUCCCUGAUUGGAAGGAAAUUGAUCAUAAAACUCCUGAGAACACAUUCUGUAAUUAAGAGUCACGAGGAAAGGGCCGUCUUUUUUUGGCACUACUCUAUACUUAGGUAAUGCUCUGAUUAAGUGUGCUUUUCAUCUCUUUCAUAAUAAUAAUAAGUGAUAAAAGGAUCCAACCUUAAUAGGGAGCUUAAGCAACCACGGUGACGGCGGCAACAGUGGCGAAAUUUUUACUUAAAAAGUGAAUUCGCACUGUUUGAAAUGUCAUCGCUGUCACUCAAUCCCGUUCAAUUUGCAAACGUUAGACUACGAGUAGUCCCUCAU